AAUAAUCUCCACCCUCCUCCACUCAGUUCAGCUGAUACAUUGUGACGUGUUUCUAUACAAGGUGCUCAUUAAAAGGGACGUUGGGUCUCUGACGCGUGUCUCAGUUCUCUGACGGCAACUGCCCCCUUAAAAGCUUCAGUAAGUCACCCGAGAGACCCCCACCAACGUUUCACUGUUCCUGACGGUGCAAAAAGAAAGAGGAUAUUUAUAAAGCUACCUGUAACUGUUAUGCUCACUGUUUUUCUCAGGUGCCACAGCACAUGACUUUAGACAUAUUUGAGGUCUUCGUGCCUUCCAGUUCCUAGCAGAAGACCGUUGUGACAAUGACCAUCCAUGUAGAGGGACUUGUGGCUAUCGCGGUUUUCUAUCUGCUGAUCCUGUUUGUCGGUAUCUGGGCGGCAUGGAAGAACAAGCACUCCGGGGAGGCGGAGGGCACCGACCGCAGCGAAACCAUCAUGGUCGGAGGGAGAGACAUUGGAUUAUUUGUUGGUGGUUUCACUAUGACAGCUACUUGGGUUGGAGGAGGAUACAUCAAUGGCACAGCUGAAUAUGUGUAUCUUCCAGACUAUGGCUUGGCUUGGGCACAAGCUCCCUUUGGAUAUGCACUCAGUCUGGUUGUGGGUGGUCUAUUUUUUGCUAAGCCCAUGCGCUCAAGGGGUUACGUCACCAUGUUGGAUCCAUUCCAGCAGCUGUAUGGAAAACGUAUGGGUGGCCUUCUCUUCAUACCCGCCCUCAUGGGUGAGAUUUUCUGGUCUGCAGCCAUCUUAUCUGCCCUUGGUGCUACUCUCAGUGUCAUAGUGGACAUCAACAUCAACAUGUCAGUGGUUAUCUCUGCACUCAUUGCAAUCUUUUACACCCUGGUUGGAGGACUGUACUCUGUGGCCUACACUGAUGUGGUGCAGCUGUUUUGUAUCUUUGUUGGCCUGUGGAUCAGUGUCCCCUUCGCUUUGACCAACCCUGCAGUAUCAGACAUCACUGUUACUGCAGUGAAGAAGGUUUACCAGUCACCAUGGAGAGGCAGCGUCACCAAAAGUGAUACCUGGAUUUGGGUGGACAACUUCUGCCUCCUGAUGCUGGGAGGAAUACCUUGGCAAGUGUAUUUCCAGAGAGUCCUAUCUGCCUCCUCUGCCACCUAUGCACAGGUCCUCUCCUUCCUGGCUGCUUUUGGGUGCCUCGUCAUGGCUGUGCCCUCCGUUCUCAUUGGGGCCAUAGGGGCCUCCACAGACUGGAACCAGACAACUUAUGGUCCCAUUCCCCCUAAAGAGAAGGAUGAAGCCGACAUGAUUCUUCCGAUCGUGCUCCAACACCUUUGCCCUCCAUUUGUUUCCUUUUUCGGUUUGGGCGCAGUAUCUGCUGCUGUCAUGUCAUCUGCAGACUCCUCCAUCCUUUCAGCAAGCUCCAUGUUUGCGAGGAACAUCUACCAGCUGGCUUUCAGACAGUCUGCAUCUGACCGUGAAAUCGUGUGGGUAAUGCGAAUUACAAUUUUUGUUUUUGGCGGUCUUGCCACCUUGAUGGCGCUGGUAACUGGCACUGUUUACGGCCUCUGGUACCUGAGCUCAGAUCUGGUUUACGUCAUCAUCUUCCCUCAGCUGCUCAGUGUGCUCUUUGUCAAAGGUACCAACACAUACGGCUCAGUGGCUGCGUAUCUUUUUGGUAUGGUGCUGCGUAUAGGUGGAGGUGAACCCUACCUGAAGCUGCCUCCAUUCAUUUACUACCCUGGCUGGACCAUUGAAAUGCAAAAGCAUCACACUACUGGGAAAAUGGAGGAAGUUGUCAGACAGAAGUUCCCCUUUAAGACCGUCUCUAUGCUGGCUUCCUUUGUGGCUAACUUUGUUUUCUCACACCUGGCAAAGUAUCUGUUCGAGAGUGGUAAGAUUUCCCACAAAUAUGACUUUCUCGACGCAGUUGUGUCCAGGCACAGUGGCGAGAUAAUGGACAAGACUACUCUUGUAACCCGUGGCAACAACAUUGGGCUUUCGGAGAUGGCGCCAGUCAAACCGCGACUGAGCGUGACCUUGGCGGCCGCCUUCACACGCCGUGACACACUGCCGACAGAAACAGUGGAGGAGGAAGAGGAGGAGUCUAGCCCUGACUCCAACCAGGAUGAGGAAUAACAAAUCUAGGAUCCAAUUAAAAAACAAACAAAGACUGAGAACCAGACUGAACUUCCUGGAAGUCAAGACAGAUCAAGCAAAGACCUUCCUUUGGGACUACAAAGAACUUAAACAUCCCCCCUGACUGGAUAUACAUGAGAUGUCAGGAUAUAUAGCGUAGCAGCUUUCUAAUUAUCCAAACAUGAUGCUGUCUUUCUGUGAAGUAAAGCAACACACACACAUACACUCAUAGUAUUUAUAGAGUUCAUUUUACUGCAAAUUCACUCUUUUUUAAAACUGUAGGUGAAGUCAGAUCAAAUCACCUGUUUAUCACUAAUGAAAAAGACAAGUUCUAAUAAAAUGUAAUAUUUAUACAGGGAUUAAAAUAUAAAAAAGAAAUUAGAUGUUCUUUGUAAGAAGUGACUGACAGCACAACCACUGCUCUGAAGAAAGGAACCAAUAAGGCAAAAAAGCAAUAACACAUAUCCACACGUGCAGUAGUUACUGCAGUAUGAUAAUCUAAUUAUGAAACAGGAAAAUAUUCUAGAGCAGCAAAGGGAAAAUAUGGGCAAAGCAUAUUUUACAGCUUUAAUGUGGUAUAUGUCAUUCCAGUAGAGCUGAAAAAAAGAGUUUUUAAUUUCAUAAUUCAGUCCCGUUAAAUGGACAUGCAGUCAUGUUUCUUGCAUUUAGUUUUUAUCAUAAUUAACAUACAUUAAAUGACUGAAUCCUGAAGGAUACAGUCUACGUGCCAUGCUGAGUAGAAACUAUAGAAGCUGUUGUGAUGGUAGUCGACUUGAAGCAGUAGCUAAUAAUCUAUUUCAUGUCAGGUGUAGAUGCAGUUUUAAGCAUAAGAAUCAGUGUUAGUGUUAUAAAAGACCUUGUAUUAAACUGCCUUAAUGAUGCUCAUAACAAGAAAUAUUUUAUUUUCACCGUUCUGACCGGAUUCCAGUCAGACUGCAGAGAAAAGACUUGAAUAUGAAUGUAUCCUCAAAAGAAGAUGUUAUUGUAUCAAAUAAUGUACAUCUACUGCUAGAUUUUUUUUCCAUUAAAUUUAAUGUUUUGCAAAGGCUUUCUGUUGCAGAAUGAUGUGGCAACAGGUUGUGACUUAGAUUCUGUCAGUUAUUUAUUGUCAGCAUCGGUGAGCAGAUUAUUUUCUGUGUGAUGUGUACAUUUCUAUACAUAUGACAAAAAA